UGUACUGGAACAUUAGAUCUGGAACCUCAACGUUUUCUUCAUAAAAUACAGGGACCAGUCGAGGACAUUCUUUGCAUGAAAAGACCAAGACUUCUGGAGAAUUAUAAGAAUCCGUGUUGGAUAGAAGAUGGACACCUUCGUUGUCUCCCAUACUUUCACAUUUUUGGUGUAUGUAAAUCAGGAACGACAGAUUUAUUCCGCCGGUUGAUGAUACAUCACCAGAUUAUGCCAAAUAAAGGAUUGAUGAAAAAAGAAACUUGGUUCUGGUCAUGGAAACGGUAUGGUGAACGUAAGUUGUCAUGGAAACAGUAUGGUGAACGUACUAAGCUGUCAUGGAAACAAUAUGGUAAACGUUCAGAUGGUCAAAUUUCAACACUGAAGAAUUUUACCGACCUAUUUGAUGUAUUACCACAACGACUUACAUAUAGUUAUGACAUAGAUAUGUACUAUUCACACUUUGUGACAGGUCAUGGCGAUCCAAUGGACAUCUGGUAUCCUUUUGAUUGGACAUCGAUACCGCAAAAUAAUCCUACAUCAGAAGAACCAGUUUAUAUAACACCGAAUCUUAUCUACCAUUUAAAUCCAAAUAUCAGACUAAUUCUUCUUAUACGAGACCCCGCUGAAAGACUCUACAGUCAUUACCUUCAUAAGAAUUUGGGGAUCAAUUUAUAUCCAAGUGCCAAGGAAUUCCAUGAAGAUGUUCAACAUGCUGUUUCUACUUUUGCUAAUUGUACCAUUAGAAAAAGUCUUCGGGCAUGUUUAUAUGAUACAGUUCUAUAUAAAAGAUUACGGGCACCAAUAUCCUCAGGGUUUUACAGUACUUUUCUGCGUGAUUGGUUAAAGGUCUUUGACAAAGAUCAGAUUAUGGUUAUACGCAACGAAGACUACCGCCGUAAUAUAGCCGGAACUCUAAUGAAGGUGUUCAAGUUCUUAAAUCUAGACGAAGUAGGACCGUAUAUACUUGAGAAAAUGGCAUGUAGAGAGUUGGAGUAUAAAACUUAUAAAAGGUCGCCAAUAAUGAACGAAACGAGAAGCCUUUUAGAAACAUUUUAUUACGACAGCCAGCGCGACAUGGACAGUCUUUUGGAAGAAUAUGGAAUAGACCUUUCACAUCAGCCACAAGAUGAAAUGGCCAGUAAACUAAACUGUUCAAGAUUUAUGGCCAGAAACCCUUUAGUUUCUAAACUUAAAAGAAAUAAAGUGAAACGCUAUUUUAUUAGCAAGAAAAACGCUACGAAAUAUUUCAGGAAUAAAUAUAUACCUCGUUAA